CGAGCGUGCCGGGCGAGCCCUGAGACUUGCCUUGCAAUGCCAUGUUUGUGUGUGUGCUCUAACUCCCGGAGAGCAAUCAGGGAGACGGCUCCCCGGCCGGACUUGGCUGAUGUUUUCUUGUUUCUGUUUCAGCCUUCAGGAUAAUUCCUUCAGCAGCACCGCUGUAACAGAGUGUGACGAAGACACAGUCUCCCUACAUGAAGAUCAGACUGAUUGCUCCAGUCUCAGAGAUGAAGACAAUAAAGAAAAUUACCCCGAAGCCGGGGCUCUCCUAGAGGAGCCUGCACCACCCUCUCGGGAGCCACAGCAGCAUGUAGAGCAGACCUUGCUGGUGGACGGCGUGCUGCGACCCAGCAUGGGCAACUUCAAGUCCCGGAAGCCCAAGAUCCUGCUCAAGGCAGAGAGCGGGAGGAGCCACGGAGAAAGUCAGAAAUUCAACUGGCAUUCCCCUUAAAUUAAUCCCAAUCUUUAGGUUUCCCAAAUCCAUCAACGACUAUUCCUCAGCAUCAGGCACUGGUGCUCAAUGGACGUGUUAUGACUGACUGAAUGAAUCAACAGAUAUUUUGUACAGUGCUGAAGCACCUCAAGAAAGGGAAAGAAAUGCAAAAUGCAGACACUCUCACUUGGGCUACUUACACUUUAACUUGGGAACAUAAACCAAGCACACGGAUUCUACAUAUGCUGCAAAGCAAGGCUAUACAGGAUUAAACACCAAGGGGAUCAAGAGGAGAGUCCAGAAGGAGAGAGACAGGGCUGUUGAUGUGGCCUCAAGUCAUCAGAAGAGAUGGGAUUUGAAAGGGACCACCAGGCCCCAUGGGAUGUGGUUUGUACUACAUGUUUGUAUAUCCCCAAAAUCCAUAUGUUGAAAUCCUGAUUCCCCAAUGUGAUGGCAUUUGGAGAUGGGGCCUUUGGGAGAUGGAUUUAUGCCCUUAUAAGAAGAGACAAUGAGAGAGUUUGUAUCUUCUCUUUCUGGCAUGUGAAGACACAGUAAGAAGACAUCCAUCUGUAAACCAAGAAGACAGCUAUCACUAGGAACCUAACUGGCUGGCUCCUUGAACUUGGAUCCUAGCCUCCAGAACUGUGAGGAAUAAAUUUCUGUUGUUUAAGCCA